AUGUCGUAUCAGGAGCAGCAGGAACAGGAGAUCGAGGCACUCGAGGCGAUCUAUUCGGAGCACGAAAUCCACGUGGAAUCGAGAGAUUACCCGAACAUUUCUUUGAGCAUUCAGUUGAAAUCCAAUCAGGUGAGCGAGAAAUUCUGGUUGUUUAUUUUUCACUGCUAAGUUUGUGAAACGCUAAAAAUUUACUGCUUUCUUGGUUUUUUUGACAUUCUCCACCGAAAAACAUCUGUAAUCACAUUUUUCAGUACGACGAUCCGACAGAUGACGAUUUCGAAGUUUCACUGGGCAUCACGUUCCCCGAGACGUAUCCAGACACGGUGAGCAUCCAAUUUAACCUUUCCAGAUUUAAAAGCUUCCGAAAAUCACGGUAAACCCCGAAAUGUUCAAUUCAAAAACUGAAAACUACGGAAUUUGGCUAUUGUAUUGCAUUUUUCCUUGAAUUUCCUCACUGAAAAUCAUCACAGAUUCCGGAAAUUUCGCUGAACGGCAUCGAGGACGUGUUCAGCGAGGAGCGAAUCGAAAAAUCGGUGCGGAAACUGCGUGCGACCGCAGAGGAAAACGUCGGAAUGGUUAUGGUGUUCGCCGUCGUUUCGGCCCUCCAGGACGAGAUCGGAGAGCUCGUCGAGGUGAAAAAGAGGGCCAAGGACGAGAUUCACGAGAUCGAGAAAGAGAAGAAGGAGGCCGAGAGCCGCAAGAAAUUCGAAGGUCAGCUAAAGUUCCAUAAAGGCAUUCAAAAGUGUAGCUGAACGUGGUCAGAAUCUAGGAAAAUUUAAACUUUUACGACCAAUUUGUCGAUAGAAUUUUGCUCGAAAUCAGAGCUUUCGACUCCAAACUUUGCAGGCUUCAGCCCGAUUCGGUUAUCCGGUCCCGAGAUAUACUGGUUUCAGGCCGCAAAAACUCGGCCUCCGAUCCACAUAUCUCGGGACCGGAUAAUCUGAUUGGUCUGAAACUUGGACCCAAUAUACUUUGAUUCAAGUCCAAAAAGCCUGCAAAGUUUGGUCUUUAUCGGAUUAUUGAAAGUGGACCAAAAGUCCGAAAAGCGUGGCCUUUUGGCUUUUGCCCAACCAUGCUUAAAAUGCGCUCAACUUGCAGGCACGGUGGUGACUCCGGAAUCGUUCCGCGCGUGGAAAGAGAGAUUCGACGCGGAACGGAAGGCGGAAAUCGACGCGGCGGAAAGGGAGAGACUGGCGUUGUUGGCGGGCCGAUUGACGGGAAGACAGCUCUUCCUCAGGGACGCCACACUCAAUCUGUCGGACGUGACCAUCAUCGGAGACGACGAAGACGUCGAAAUCGACGAAUCGCUCUUCGAUAACGAGGUAACUGACUGGAAAUUACUCCGAAUUGUGGAAAUCGGUUCAAAGAACGAUUCUCAUCUGAAAAUUUGCCUCAUUCCUGGCAUUUUUGCAUAGACAUGCAUGAAAUCACAGAACACGAAUUGCAGGAACUCGAAGGACUCGAUCUGGAUUCGGAAGAGGACGACGAGUGAUUGUUCUAGAUUUUUUCCCAUUUUCCCCUCAUAAUUUAUAGUCGUUUUGUGCCCCUCCCCCCGUUUUUUUUCCAUUUUCCCAUGGGUUUCUCUCUCUUUGCAUCCCUUUUUUGCACCGAUUUUUGUUGAAUUUCUCCACCAUAAACAGUUGAUUUUAUCGAUUUUUGAGGCGGCCGCCGCCGCGUCGACUCUCUCGUUUCCGUCUAUUUAUAUGGUCGUGUCAUACCAUUCGCACAUAUUUUCAACAUGAUUCACUCGUCAAUAGUUAUUGUACUCUUGAUUAAAAUGCUCAAUUUUUUCCAGCGAAAAACACGAAAAUUCUCCGAAUUUCCCGCCGAAACCCUCGAGGCGAUUGGUGCUGAUCAUUGUGAGUUUUUAAGAUUUUUUGCUUAAUUUUUAAAUGUUUUUUAGAUGUCCUACAACGGGUUUUCCGCAGCACAUCUACCAUCCACGCUACAGGUAAAUUAACCAAAAAAAAAUUGGGGAAAACACGGAUUUUGAAUCAUUUUUCAGGUCAAAUCGCAGUUCGAUUCGGAAUGGCGUCGAUUUUCAAUACCGCUCAGCAACGGCGCCGUCUCCUACGACGGUUUCAGAAGGUUUUUUUAACUUCUACUUUUUUCUCGAAAAUGCUCACAAAACGACGGAUUUUUACCGCCUUUCCACACAAUUGCUCGUUUUCAGUCUCGUGGAAAAGCUGCAUCACCUGGAAAGUCUGCCGUUCACAUUGUGCUACACAUCCGUCGGCGGCGACCUUCUUCCCAUCACAAACGACGAUGUGAGCACGAUUUCUGGGGAAAAAUCAUGAAAAGUUGAAUGUUGUACGGAGAAAUCUAGAUUGGGGAAGCACCUCUGACAGCUGUCUUGUUGUUGUGAUCCGUUAAAGUUGCUCUAUUGUCCAGAGAAUUCUGGUCACGAGAUAUACACUAUUCUAGGGCCUAAAUGGCGUGGUUUUUGAGAAAAUGCCUUCCUUUUUGGCCCUAGGCCUGACCAGUGAUAACUAUGCUGUUCCGCAGGGCCCACGGACCGAGACAAUAAAGAAACUAUCGAGACAGCUAUCAAAGGUACUUCCCCAAUUAGAUAAUCAACUCUAGAAGACAGAAAUGACAGUAUUCCGAUCGAAUAGUCGAGUUCCCGAAAAAAUGCCAGGGAAAAAGAAAAGUGGCUGGACUUUUUUCAUAAUUUCAUUUGCAGAACCUGCGUAAAUCGUUCGAAUCGGCGCGCCCACUCCUGCGACUUUUGAUAAAACGACGCGGCGAAUCGUGGGAGGAGAAGUACGGAUACGGAACCGAUUCGGACCGGAACCGCUGGCGGGGCAUCUCGAGUCUCAUCGCGCAGAAACCCCCGAAACGCAGCUAUUCCAUCUCGAAUCCUGAGGAUUUUAGACAGGUAAUUGAUAGAAUUGCUUCAUAAGAAUGUGGUGGAAUUUUAAAGUCUCGUUAAAAAGUAGUUUUCAGCGUUUUGCACAAAAACGCUUAAAAUUCCAUAAUUUUUGAGUACCGAAAGUAUAUCCGUCGAAUAUUGUAGGUCUCCGCGAUUAUCGACGUCGACAUUGUGCCAGAAGCACAUCGGAGAGUCCGACUUUGCAAACACGGACAGGAGAGACCGCUCGGAUUCUACAUUCGGUUCGUUUUUGACCGUUUUGGGUUGGACAAAAAACCGGCACAGGCUUAUGGAAGGCCUGAACAUUGGGUCCACUUUCACUUAUCCGAUCGGAUCCGAACUUUGUAGACCUCCCGAGACUAAGUUCUUUAGGAUCAGAAACCCCCCUUUCAGCCUCAAACCUGCAAAGUUUGGGUCCGAUAGUAUCAUCGAUUAUUGCAAGUAGUUCAAAAAUCCAAGCAUUGGAAAAGCCUCAAAGAUAUUGGCAUUAUUGAAUUGUUCAGUGACGGAACGUCGGUGCGCGUGACGGAACGAGGCGUCGUCAAAGUGUCGGGCAUCUUCAUUUCGCGAUUAGUGGACGGCGGACUGGCCGAAUCGACGGGUCUGCUGGGCGUGAACGACGAGGUUCUGGAGGUGAACGGCAUCGAAGUGCUCGGAAAGACACUCGACCAGGUGACCGAUAUGAUGGUCGCCAACGCACACAAUCUCAUCAUUACUGGUAGGCGCUCUUUUGACAAAAAAAAAUACUUCCCUAGAAAAAGCAAAAAAUUGAAUGAGGGACUCGAUUUUAAAAUGAAAUUCUUUUAAACGGCAAACAUGGCCUAGAAAACUCCAAAGAAGUUCAUUUCAAACUUGGCUCCUCUAUUUUAUGCUGAUUUUUUGAAAUUCCAGUUGUCCCGAGACCACAUUUUCCAAACAAAACCGACUGAUUUGCAGUGAAACCGGCGAAUCAACGGAACACGCUCUCGCGCGGACCCUCCCAACAAGGGACUCCUCAGCAGCAGCAGUCGGACCCGAUCGCCCGUCCAAUGCAGGCGAUGAACGGAAGUUCGGACGGCAGUUAUCACCCGCGCCAGCACGACGAUUCCGAUUCCGGUGACUCGGAUCGAUAA